AUGGAUAUAAAUACAAAACUUAAUACUAUUAUUUCGUACUUGACUCAUUUGAGAGUUUAUCGUGAUCCACAACGUGUUAGAACUGAUACAACCGAUCUAUUUAGAUUCUUUCCAAAUCUUCAACCUUACUAUGGUGCUAAUAGAAUUGGUAAUUUAAUUUAUUUAAAGGGUACUAUACCAAUUAAGUAUCAACAAUUUAUAUAUCAUAUUCCUAUCAUUGCUUGGUUACCAGAGAACUAUCCUUUUGCACCACCACAAAUUAUAUUGGAUCCAACACCAGAGAUGGAAAUUGUCAAGGGUCAUCCUCACGUCAAUGAGAAUGGACUGUGUCUACACCACUAUCUUUCACAUUGGACUUGGUCAUCGAACAUAUCACAAGCCGUCAAGUACUUAUGUGAUACAUACAGUGCCGCUCCACCAUUGGUCACAAAGAAGAAGGUUGAAACCAACAUACCAAACACAAGUCCACCACCUUAUCCAAUGCAACAACAACAACAACAACAACCACAGCAACAACAACUACAACAACAACCACAGAAUACUAGCUGGAGUAACAUGAAUAUGAAUAUGAAUCAACCACCACCUACCUACGCAGAAUCGAUGGGCGUACAACAACAGCAACAACAAAAUACACCACCUUCUCAAUCGCCAUCUGGUAUUCCAAUUGUUAAUAAACCAGCAACACCUCCACAAACAACAGCGGUCUCUGCUUCACCGGUGAGUAUUUCACCAGGUGCAGCGGCAGCAGCAGCAUCAAUGGCUCUCGCAGCACAAAAGAAGAAUGAACGUGACGAAGUUCUUCAGAAUUGUACAGAGAAACUACAGGAGAUCAUAUCGUCGUUCUACGACACUACCUCUAAGGAGAUCGAGAACUACAUUGCACACAAUGCGACACUCGAGGAGCAAUCGAUCAAGUUGACUCAGGAGGAAGAGAUUCUCAAGUCCGAUAUGGAUGUUUUCGAGAAGCUCAUUGUAUCGACAACUGAAAAGAUUGAGCAAAUCGACAAAUGGAUAAAGGAAAACGAAAAGGACGAGAAGGAUUUGGAUAUAGACGCACUCUCUGCACCAAAAGAUGCACUACAGAAGCAGUUACUAUCGUUGGUCUCCGAGGAUAUGACCAUCGAGGAUGCGCUCUACUACUUGGACAAGGCACUUCACCUCAAUAGAAUAACACUCGAUGAAUAUCUAAAGAAUAUAAGAACGUUGAGCAGAGAGCAAUUCAUGAUUAGAGCCACUGUAAGAAAGGUACAACAACAGAUACAAUUGAAUCUCAUGGUUAUCCAACAGCAUCACCAACAACAACAUGUACUGUAA